AUGGUGAAGCCAGAAAUCAACAAGGAAGCCAUAUUCUGGCUGGUGGUUUGGACUGCCAAUAAUGUGGGUGUGACACUUCUCAACAAAGCGGCCUUUGCCAAGGUGGAUUUCCACUAUCCCUACUUUCUCAGUUUUGUGCAUAUGGUAUGCAACUCCAUCGGUAGCCAAGGUGUCUUUUGGAGUAUCCGUCGUGACAAUCAACGCCUCAAAGCAGCCGGUAUUUCCGAAGGCCAAGCAUCCAGAAAACAAUUGGGAUUCUUUCAGCGCCUACUGGGCAAUAUCACCCGCAAAGAAUUGGAUCCCAAGGGCCGACAAAAAAUUCUGGCGUUUAGUGUGAUUUUCUCACUCAAUAUUGCUAUUGGAAAUGUCUCUCUACGACACGUGUCUGUGAAUUUCAAUCAAGUCAUGCGAUCCUUGGUCCCUGCAUUGACCAUUGGCAUGGGAUUGGCACUCAAAAAACCAGUUUCGGCACAGCGAAUCAAGGCGGUCGUACCUGUGAUCAUUGGAGUUGCCAUGGCUUGUUUUGGUGAUAUGAGUUACACUUGGUUGGGAUUUUUCUACACACUCCUAUGUAUUACACUGGCAGCACUCAAAGUGGUGGCGUCGGGAGAAAUGAUGACAGGGCCCACGAAAUUGCAUCCUGUCGAUUUGCUAGGACACAUGGCACCAUUGGCACUGGUGCAGUGUCUGGUAUUGAGCUUAAUGACGGGUGAAGUAUCCUCCAUAUUCGCACGCGUCAAUGCCGCCUAUGCGGAUGUAUCCGAUGUGGGGUGGUUUGAAUUCUACUACCCUGCCAUUGUGGUCUUGACAUCCGGUGUCUUUUCGUUUUCCCUCAAUAUUUGCUCCCUACAAGCCAACAAAGUGACAUCACCACUGACAUUGUGCAUCACCGCCAAUGUCAAGCAGGUCCUCAUGAUUAUUCUUUCCACCAUCAUCUUUGGCGUUGUCAUUGAACCACUAAAUGGAUGUGGUAUUGUUGUGGUCUUGGCUGGAUCGGCCUAUUAUUCUUAUGUGUCGGUAAUGGAAAAAGUUACCGGUGGAGGAAUGGAUUCUAAAGCAAGCAAGGAUAUUGAAUCAAAUCUCAAUAGUGACAGCAAAGACGAAGAACAAGUGUCGUUGGUACCGACCAAGACAGGGUCCACCAAAACAGGGGAUGCGUCAGAGAUGAGGCAGCGAUAGGAGCAACGGAUCGUGCUAAUAAAUGCAACAAUAUCAGACUUGUUUGUUCGUGGGAAACUCUGAUAAAUUGGUGGGCGGAGACCCAAAAGGCAACAAUUAAAAUUGUGCGGUCCUCCGCUUCUUUUUGGGUGGUCAACUACUGUGACUUGGUCUGUUUCGUUGUUUCCGUCAGUGCCCUCAUUGAGUCGAGUCAGACCUACUACUUGUUCUAUUGCAUGCUAAGAAUAGAAAAUACUUUGGUGGA